CUGAUGAUGACGCACAACCAGCGUCCCCGGUGCAGCCUGAGACCAAAACAGAACCGAUCGGCGGGCGCGUGAAGUGCAGCAGCAGGGAUGCACACGUCAGUGCGUGAAAUCCAUCUCUCCUCAGAGCAUGACUCCUCCUACUUCCUGCGGGUGGACUGGGAAGGGCGGGGCUUGAGUUCAGGAUUCCAGUUGCUGCUUAGUGAUGGACAGGAUGCAUGGAGAGGGGAAGUGAGUGAUGCAGUGGUGUGCAACGAGGCAGAGGAGCUGGAGAUGCCGAUGGAACGGUACAUCCAGGAUGUCGAGCAGGCGCUUAUAGGGACAGAAAACUCAGACACCUACAGCUUCACUUUGAUGCCAAAUCCACCCGAUCACAGCUCCACCUUGACACUGACGUAUGAGAAGAUGCAGAAGGAUAUCUCUUUCAGGUUGGGCUCUAUUGUCCUGAAGGCCGUCCCGGAUCCAGCAGAAGCAGUGAGAAGUUUACUGACUCACAGCCUGCAGAGGGGAAUUAACCUGCAGCACCACAACCAGAGACUAAAGGAGGAGAACCAGAGCCUGAGAGGAGAACAGCAACACAUCACUGCAGAGCUGAAGCGUUAUGUUGGUGGUAAGGAGGCCCUGGAGGCAGAGCUUUACUCUCGGUUCGUCCUGGUUCUGAAUGAGAAGAAAGCAAAGAUUCGCAGUCUGCAGCAGGAGGUCACAAGCCUGCAGGAAAUGAGGAGUUCCACUGAGCAGAGAAAGAGACACUCAGUAAAGUCAGAGCAGCCAGCAGGUCAGGAUGGUGGUGUUGAGGAGGAUGAAUAUGGAGGCAGUACUGAUGAGGACCCAGAGGAUGUGGAGUCGACUCCAGCCUCCAGUUUGCCAUCUCGGGAGUCACUGACUCCAGGCCCACUGGAUGACAGCUUGAGUGACCUCACAGACGUGGCCCCCUCUCGCAAGCGGCGCGUUCAUAACCGUGGGGCCCCAGAAGCUGCGGUAAAACGACCAAACCCAGAGAGGCUGCAGAGAAAGAGGAAUGAGUCUCCUGCAGGAUCCAGUAAGCUGCAGACUCCUCAGCACUCUGCAGGUUCUGCUGCAGGUUCUGCAGUGGAGGACCUUUUUGAGGACUUCUGAUGCUGCACCUCUGCCCCAUGCAGACGGAUAAACACGACUACAGCAGAGAUUUCAAUUAAAAGCCAUCAUAUUUUUUUAUUGUGAACAAAUGCAUUUAGUGUCAUAGGUUGCUGCAAAAGUAUAAGGAUGUAUGCAACACUGCAAACAAAGACAUGUUGGUGACAGAAAAGCUUCUCCAAGUGUAGCGACUGUUCCUUGUAGUGAUCAGCUGCACUGAUGACCCAUAUUUGGAAUAGUAAAAAUGUGUCAUGGCAAAGUUUACAUUAGCACAGCACUAAUCUGAAAUGCAUUUUAAGUGAAGUAAAGAGACUUUGAUUUUUCAAGGAACUCUGAGCAGCAUUUCUGAAUAAAACUAAAUCAUAAUGGACUUUAAACACUGAAACCUGUUUCCUUUUCUAGUACUACAGUAUACAUCAUGGGCUACAUAUCGAUGACUUUGUCAUUUUAAUAUUUGUGCAAAU